CUUCUGCAGGUGCUGUUCUUUGGAUUUGGGUGGCUGUUCUUCAUGCGUAAGCUCUUCAAGGAUUAUGAGGUGCGACAGUACGUGGUCCAGGUGAUCUUCUCUGUGACUUUUGCCUUCUCUUGUACCAUGUUUGAACUCAUCAUCUUUGAGAUUUUGGGGGUCCUGAACAGCAGCUCUCGAUAUUUUCACUGGAAGCUGAACCUGUGUGUCAUUUUGCUCAUCCUAGUCUUCAUGGUACCCUUCUACAUUGGUUACUUUGUUGUGAGCAAUAUCAGACUGUUGCACAGACAGAAACUGCUUUUUGCAUGUGUUCUGUGGUUGACGUUCAUGUAUUUCUUCUGGAAGUUGGGGGAUCCAUUUCCUAUCCUCAGCCCAAAACAUGGAAUCCUGUCUAUAGAACAGCUCAUCAGCCGUGUGGGGGUGAUUGGGGUGACACUCAUGGCUUUGCUGUCAGGAUUUGGGGCUGUCAACUGUCCAUACACUUACAUGUCCUACUUUCUCAGGAAUGUGACAGAUGCAGAUAUUCUGGCUUUGGAGCGACGACUCCUUCAGACUAUGGACAUGAUUGUCAGCAAGAAAAAAAGGAUAGCAGUGGCUCAUAGGACAAUGUUCCAGAGGGGAGAAGUGCAUAACAAACCCACUGGCUUCUGGGGAAUGAUAAAAAGUGUUACAACAUCUGUUGCAGGCAGUGAAAAUCUGUCUCUUAUCCAGCAAGAAGUGGAUGCCCUAGAAGAGCUGAGUCGGCAGCUUUUUCUGGAAACUGCUGACUUGCAUGCAACAAAGGAGAGAAUAGAGUACUCCAAAACUUUCCAGGGAAAAUACUUCAAUUUUUUGGGUUAUUUUUUCUCUAUCUAUUGUGUCUGGAAAAUCUUUAUGGCAACGAUCAAUAUUGUAUUUGACCGUGUGGGGAAAACUGAUCCAGUCACAAGAGGAAUAGAGAUCACUGUAAAUUAUCUGGGAAUCCAGUUUGAUGUGAAAUUCUGGUCUCAGCACAUCUCCUUUAUUCUUGUUGGAAUAAUCAUUGUUACCUCUAUCAGGGGAUUGUUAAUCACGCUUACAAAGUUCUUCUAUGCCAUUUCCAGCAGCAAGUCCUCCAAUGUUAUCGUUCUGCUUUUAGCACAGAUAAUGGGGAUGUACUUUGUGUCAUCAGUGCUCCUGAUCCGGAUGAGUAUGCCUCUGGAAUAUCGCACUAUUAUUACGGAAGUCCUGGGAGAGCUCCAGUUCAACUUCUAUCAUCGUUGGUUUGAUGUCAUAUUCCUAGUUAGCGCACUGUCCAGUAUCCUCUUUCUCUAUUUAGCACACAAACAAGCCCCAGAAAAGCAUAUGGCCCUCUGAGUAAGGACGGCAGUCAUGCGCCGCUCUCCGUCCUCUCAGCUGCACUGCUGCAACGCCUGUGGACUGCAACACUUGAAGAGAACCAGGACUAUUCUGUGUGUUCCAGCAGUGUCACUGGCUCUUUGACCUUCCACACGUAUUCGUCAGACCCUGUGGCUGAUUUUGUUAUUAAGGUGCCACAGCUCGAAGGAAAGGGGGAUGCACGUAUUG